AUGUCUCAAUUCGAGAUCCUCGGGCCUCCUUCGACUGUCGGGACGCACAGGAGCACGGCGAGGGAGCGGGCUCCAGUUUUGAGCGCGAUUCAGGAGGAACGGGAACGAUCAUCCUCAGUCUCGUCUCCUGUGUACGGGAUGCCCAACAUGUCCACACAGAGCUUCCAGAUGCCAAGCCCGGCCCCUCAGAUGCCUUCCCCGCGUCCUAACGUACCUAUGCCUUCUCCACAGCAGCCACCUCCGAACCCGACAUAUCCUGCGAUAUCCCCACAUCGUCCUCCCUCCAAUCCUCCGUACCCGACGCCAGAGAUGGCCCCGCAGCCGAGCUUGCGGCCGCCAGCUCCUGAACCAGCCUCCAACCGCGGCAGCAUGUCCUCUAACGAAAUCAACUUCACGAUCGUCCCACCCUCUCGCCCCGAAUCCAACAUAUCGCGCCAGGAUAUGGAGGCCAUGCAAGGCGUCUUCUUGAGCGCUGACGAUGCCGAUCGCCCUUUGCCCCCGCUCCCGUCAGACGGUGCUCCUGAUACGUCGGGCGGGCAACCAACAGCUCCGACGAACCCUGUUAUUCCACCACCAGUGAUGCUCAGCGGUCCCUGGCCACCUCAGGGAUUCAUACCGACAGGCCCGCCCUCUCCCGCUCAGCCCGGUGGGACCUCGUCGAUUUACGGGGGCAGCACUAUUGGGCCUGCGGGCGUGCCACUUCCACCGUCAACCAUUGGCGGCACCCCGUCGGGUCGGUCCGAAGUGCCAAUUCCCGGAUCCUUCCCUGCAGGUAUGGAAGGGCCUACCCCUGUCAUCCCGAUACAGCCGUCAACCAGGAGCUCGCAGUCUGGAUCAAGCCGCCGCGCUGCAGAGCCUUACUCGCGCUCCAAAGUCUCCCGCCGGGACGACGACACAGACUCGGUGGUGUCGUCGAGCCUUGGCUCGUCGGACUCGCUCACGACGCCGCCCGUCCGCACACGUAAGCUUUCCGGUCGGUCUACGCCGUCGUACGCUGCUGCACCCAACCCAAGUGGGGUUGCGUACCCUGUACCGCCUACACCUCGUUCGGCCGCGAACUCCAGCCUCGGCUCGCACUCCAACCGUGCAGCGCGAGUGCCCCUUCCCCCAUCCGUGGCCGGGUCCGCUGUGGGCUCCGCACGCAGCCCGUCUGAGUCAACCGUCGGAUACGGAACUGCGCCUACGCUCAACCACAGGUCGUCGGUCGUCGGCAGAGAGCGCACCCUCUCCGAAAUUGACCACGAAACGCGGUCGCCGAUCAUCAGGGGCGCGGGCGGUCGGUAUCUGUCGUCGCCCAGCCAGUACACCACGGGGCUGCCGUCUGCGGAGCCUGUCAUACCCAUCCCGAUUCCUGAGCCGGCGCCGCCUCCGCCAGUGCAGAUUAUCCCGAUGCCCACGUCUCCUAUCAUCUCAAUGGAUCAUCUUAGCGGCUUCGACCCUGUCCCCAUCGUGCCCGACGUCGCACGCGCGCCGUCCCCAGGAGUCUCAGCAUUGAGCGGGACGACUAACGCCACGGCGAAAGAGAAGGGCGGCAAGAAGACGAAGAAAAAGGGAGGCAAGGGGAAGUAG